CUCACGCGCCAGUGGCCGCGGGAGUGGUGUACACUCUGAUGCUGGAUUUUUCCGUCGCAGCAUCCGUUCCGUUUUGCUGGUGCUCCGUACCCAGCCGAGUCGAGGCGAGCGUGCUGGGCGUGGGUUAGAAAUUUGCACAAUUAAACGACCCACCCCGGGUGUGUACGGUGUGUGAUGCAAAAGUGUUGUUAAAAAGGGGUUUUUGUUGUUGUUGUAGUGCUGUGGUAUAAAACGUUUCACGCGCAGAAUGAAGAUUUCCACCGAGUUUUGCAUCAAGAUGCUGAAUGCAAAAGUGAUACUCCUUUGUCUGGUCGCUUCCAGCUCGGCCCAGGCAUCGGUAGCGCAUAUCGAGGCGAACCCGGACGCCAAGCGGCUGUACGACGAUCUGCUCAGCAAUUACAACCGCCUGAUCCGGCCAGUGGUGAACAACACCGAAACGCUGACCGUGUGGUUGGGCCUGAAGCUGUCCCAGCUGAUUGAGGUGAGCCUGCGGAACCAGGUGAUGACGACGAACCUGUGGGUGAAGCAGAAGUGGUUCGACUACAAGCUCCGGUGGGACCCGGAAGAGUACGGCGGCGUGGAGAUGCUGUACGUACCAUCGGAGCAGAUCUGGCUGCCGGACAUUGUGCUGUACAACAACUGGGACGGCAACUACGAGGUGACGCUCAUGACGAAAGCGACGCUGAAGUACACCGGGGAGGUGUUCUGGGAGCCGCCCGCCAUCUACAAAUCGUCCUGCGAGAUGAACGUGGAGUACUUUCCGUACGAUGAGCAGACGUGCCUGAUGAAGUUUGGCUCGUGGACGUAUAACGGGGCACAGGUGGAGCUGCGCCAUCUCGAUCAGAUUCCUGGCAGCAAUCUCGUGCAGAUUGGGAUUGAUUUGAGUGAAUUUUACCUAUCGGUUGAAUGGGACAUCCUAGAAGUGCCGGCCAGUCGCAACGAGGAGUAUUAUCCUUGCUGCCCUGAACCGUUCUCCGACAUUACGUUCAAGCUUACGAUGAGAAGAAAAACACUGUUCUACACGGUCAAUCUAAUCAUUCCGUGCGUUGGCAUCACAUUCCUCACCGUGCUGGUGUUCUAUCUGCCGAGCGAUUCGGGCGAAAAGGUCACGCUUUGCAUCUCGAUACUGGUGUCAUUGACUGUGUUCUUUUUGCUGCUGGCCGAAAUCAUCCCGCCGACAUCGCUGGCCGUACCGCUGCUCGGCAAGUAUCUGCUCUUCACGAUGAUCCUUGUAUCGCUCUCCGUCUGGACGACCGUUUGCGUGCUGAACGUUUGGUACAGGAGCACAUCGACCCAUAAAAUGUCACCCUUCGUCCGGCGGCUGUUCCUGGAGAUAAUGCCCAAAAUCCUGAUGAUGCGUCGGGCAAAGUACACGCUGCCGGAUUACGACGAUUCGACACCGAGCAAUGGCUACACGAACGAAAUCGAAAUGAGCGUUAGCGACUUUCCCGGCGAGUUUAAGGAGGGCGGCGACAGUUUCGAUAAUAUAGGAGUUAAUCUUUCUCACGGUUCAGUCGAGGCGGAAAAUGUCAUCCCGAAGCAAUUAUCGCCGGAGGUGCUGUCCGCAAUACAGGCGGUAAGAUUUAUUGCCCAGCACAUUAAGGACGCUGAUAAGGAUAAUGAGAUCGUGGAGGACUGGAAGUUCGUCUCGAUGGUGCUGGAUCGGUUCUUCCUGUGGGUGUUUACCAUUUCCUGCAUCUUCGGCACGUUCGGCAUCAUCUUCCAGAGCCCGUCGCUGUACGAUACGCGGGCCCCCGUCGACCAGCAGCUGAGCGAAAUACCGCUGCGCAAGAACAACUUUAUGCUUCCGCCGGACAUCGUGCGCAUCACGCUGGAUUAAAUACGCCCCAUGCCCCCGGGUAUUGUUGUUUUAUUUUGUUUCUUUCUGUACGUCACUUUCCAGUAUGUUGAGACGGCUACGGGACGCGUUUCAACUACAAUGUGAGUGCGUUUGCUCUGGUGGAGAGAAACCGUUUGAUGAAAAAUGCACUUUAGUACGCGUUUAUAUAGUAACAAAUUUUCCAAUGGUUGGUUGGUUGGUAGGCAUACCAACAAUAACACAGCAACAGAAGAGAAAAGGCACGGAAGUGCACAGUGCAUUGGUUAAGAUAUAAAGUGUAAUUCCAUUUAUAACGAAAAACUACUACGAAUACCGUACAGCGAAUCGACAGCAUUUCUUAAUCGAAACUUAACAUUACGGUAACACAACAAAAAAAACAUGAGAAGAAGCAGAAGAAGCAAUUAGUGAAUAAAGCGUAACGAGCACAUGUUUGUACU